ACUGGAGACUUGAGCUGCAGCUGCCGCGGGGGCGCGGGAGUCCCCGGGGAACUGCCUGUAGCGACCCGGUUUGGAGGAGGUUCUCCAUCCAAGGGUCGAAGAGCCUCAGAGACUUUUUUUCCAUUCUUUAAUUUCUUCAUUUCUUCCUUCUUCCUUCCCUCCCUCCAUUCUUCAUUUCUCACCCUUCUUUUCUCCCUCCGUCCUUCCAUCUCUCUUUUUCUGUCUCCUGCUGUGUAUAACUCUCCGGGGAGUGGAGUUCCUGGUGUAAGCACUUUUUCACGUAUCUUACGGAGUGUUGUAGGUAAAGCUGAAUGCUGUACUGAAAAGAUUUAAUAAUCGAAGUGUGUUGGUCAGGUUUGUUGGCUGAGACACCCCACUACUUCUCUGGGACUAGGGGAGCAAUAGAAUCGUCUGUUUUGAUUUUUGCAGCAGUGUUUCACUACUCGGCUACCUAAGGUCUUGGCUCCUUCUUGCGUCACUUUUUUUCUAGCAGUGGUUGUCAACCCUGACUGCACGUUAAAAUCACUUGGGGAGCUUUGAAAAAUCCCCGAGACCCUGGCCGCACACCAGAUCAAUUAAAUCGGCAUCUCUGGUUGUGGGACCUAGACAUUGGUAGUUUGUAAACCUCCGCAAAUGCUUCCGAUUCAAAUUUGAAAACGACUGUUCUAGAAAUAAUUAUUCCCAGCAACAAUCAAAAGAAUGUAAUACGCCCCACCUUAAACAACUUUCCUUAACCACACACCCUCCUCCAUAUCUCUGCUAUCUUAAAGAGUUUAUAUUGUGUUCACUUUCUCAUCUUUCUUUUUCAAACCCAUUACCCUCUUGUCAAGGUCACUGUGGGCCUGCACUUAUACAAAAUCCUAGGGGCAACCCCAGUUCUGAUCAUACAGUACCUUUCUGCAUUAUUUGGCGCAGUUGACCAUUCGCUCCUGUCGGCAAUAAUCUUCACCCUCCUGGUUUUCCUCUUACCUCUUCUUACCUUCUCUACCCCACUACCCUAAUCCAAGCUACUAUCUCUUGCCUAGAGUACUUCAAUAGCCUCCUAUCGGGCCUCUCCACUUGCACUAUAGUCAAAUUACCAUGCGGGAGCAACAUGGUCUUUAUAAAUCCUGGUAUCAUUCUCCUGCUGGUAAUACUUCUAAGACAUUCCAUCCCAUUCAGAAUAAAAUCCAAAAUCCUCAUAGGAUCCUAUGUGAUCAGGCCCAUGGCUGCCUCUCCUACCUCUUUGCCUUCAAUUUCCGCCUUAUUGACUGGCUUCACUCAUAUUGGGCGUGGUAGACAGAAUAACGGCGCCCCAGAGAUGUCCGUGCCCAAAUCCCUGGAACCUAUAAAUAUGUUACUUUACAUGGCAAAGGGGACUUGAGAUGCGGAGGUUAUCCUAGAUUAUCCAGUUGGGCCCAGUGUCAUCACAAGAGAGGGAAGUGAAGCAGGAGAGUGAGAGUCAAGACGUUUGAAGAUCCUACCUUGCUGACUUUGAAGAUGGAAGGGGCUGUGACCCAAGGAAUGCAGACAGCAUUUUGGAGGGCAGAUGUUUGAAUUGGAUUUUUUUUUUUUUUAACUAAAGUCAAGGAAGGUGUCAGCUGGGCUGUAUUCCUUCUGGAGGCUCUAGGGAAGAAUUCAUUCUUUUGCCUUUUCCAGCUUUUAAAGGCCACCUGCCUUCCUUGGCUUGACUUCUUCAAAGUCAGCAACAUAGCAUCUUCAAACCUCUCCUCGAUUCUGCUUCCUUCUUCCACUUACAAUGAUCCUUGUAAUUACAUUGGGCCCACCUGGCUAAGUCACGCUACUCUUCCCAUCUCAGAAUCCUUAAGCACAUCUUCAAUGUCUCCUUUGCCAUAUAAGGUAACCUAUUCGGACACUUUUGGAAUUAGACAUGAACUUCUUUGGGAAGUUCCGCCUACCAUAGAGCUCCAAGAACUUACAUAAUGAACACGUUGGAAUUUUCUGUUCGGUUCUGGGUCCCACACUUUGACAUUCAGACAAACCAGGACAUUUUCUUAGAACAAUCAGGACAGUAAAGAGCCAACUCAUUUGUGGAACAGCUGAAGGAACCGUAUAUUUAUCUAAGAGAAGAGAAGCCUCAGGACUUGGUACUCUUGGCAUUAUGGGAACUGUAUUUUCAAAUACUGGCAGAUGAGAGGUUUUGGUUACGUGAAUACAGGACCCUAGUUGCCAGAAAUUAUCACGAUGAAUUACCAAUUUUCAAGAAAUUGGGUUAUCCUCCUAAACGGUAAAUGAAAAUAAGCAUCUUCUAAUCAUUUUUUAGCAUUCAGAAGGCACUACAAUGCAACAUCACAAAUAGAAUUUAUUUUUUCCUGGAAAAAGGACAAUACCAGUAAGGUUGGUUUCACUGCUUGAACCGAAUGCAUCGUAAUAAAGAGUCAGCUAUUAUUUUGCUGGGUCAUGAUGACUUGGCAAUAUUCUUUAACAUGGGCCUUGGCGAUUCAUCAGCCCAAACCCUUCAUUCUCAAUAAAGAGUAAAUUUUAUCUAAAAAGUAAUCCGAAAGGCUGUGGGGGUAGAGAAAGCAACCAACAAUUGUGCAAUGGGGAAAAGUUUGAGAAUUUUCUUGAUGCUUGCAAGGGCAGAUAUUAAGACGCACUUGUUUUAUGAUUGUUUACGAUUAAACAUGAUACCACCAAUAUCAUCCAUUUCAGACCUCUUCAUUUACCAGCAAAACCAAGGAGCACGGCAAGUAGAGGAGGCAGGAUGUUUAGACUAGGCUUCGGGGUCAGACAUAAAACAUUGGUAUACCAGACCCACAUUUACAGCCGUGUGAUCUCGGGCAAAUAACUUAUCCUCACCUUCUUAGUGGAUUAAAAGAAACGAUCUACAAAUGGCGCUUUUAGGAGUCAGCGUUCCAAAGUCGGCUGCAGUUGUUAGGACAUGGUUCUUUUUUAUGCACGUUCCCAAAAAGACAAUCACAACUGGGAACUGUUAACAUAAGAGCGCUGUAAUAAACGACUCCAAAGCCCAAACAAGAAGUAAUGACAUAUAAGUGCCGAAUGAAUCCGUUAAAACCCAAACCACUCUCCGAGGGCGACUCUAAGAGACCGGAAGCGAUUCUGCCCCUCACGAACAUGGUAUCGAGGCGGUUUCCGCUCUUCUCUGUCUAGUACGUAAUUGGGCUACGCAGCCUCUCGCGGUUUUACCAGUUACCACACGCUUAGCAAACACCUCUCCCCCGCCCUUCCAAGGAAGGCGGGGCUACGAAGAAGAUGCUGCGUGAUGAUUGGUUGCGGAGCCUUAGGAGCGUAGCUACGGGAAGUUGGACAGUCAUUGCCCGGCAGUGAUUGGUUGCUGAGAGGCGGGGCGACUCGACCGCUUAGGAGGUGGUUGCAACAGCGAGGAGAACCAUGAGUCAAGCGGCCAAGGUGUUCUCAAAGUCCUCUCACAGAGAGAGGAGACCUUUCUCAGCCCAGAUAUUAAGCAAUGAGCCUUGAGCUCAGUCCCUUGUUUAACCAUCGGGCACUUUUAGCCUUUAUUUUACCACAGCAGUUGAGCGAGCACUUGUCUGACUGUUCCUGUUUCUGAACCCAGAGCUCAACAGGUUGGCAGCCUGAGCCCUGUUUACUAUGAUAGAGUUCAUUCUGUCUCUGGAGAAGGUUUUACAGCUCUUUAAAACAUUGCACAGGACCAGACAACAAGUUUUUAAAAAUGAUACCAGAGCAUUAGAAGCCAGAAUAAAGAUAAAUGAAGAAUUCAAAAAUAAUAAAAGUGAGACAUCUCCUAAGAAAAUAGAAGAGCUAAUGAAAAUAGGUUCUGAUGUUGAAUUGUUACUCAGAACAUCUGUUAUACAAGGUAUUCACACAGAGCACAAUACAUUGCAAUUGGUUCCUAGGAAAGACCUUCUUAUAGAAAAUGUGCCAUAUUGUGAUGCGCCAACUCAAAAGCAAUGAAUUUCCUAGGAAAAAAUCGAGCAUUUGUACUUUUUAAUUUUAAAAUACAUAACUCUGGAAAAAGUCCUGGAAAUGUAGUUAUUUUUCUCUGAACUGGCAUAUUGAAAAUGAGUGACUUAAAAAUAAAGCUUCAUAAAUAAAUUUCAGGUUAAAAGGGACAUCACUAACGAGAGCAGAAUAUAGUUAAAUAUUUCUAAUGGACAUUAGAUAAGAAGAUAUUUCAUUUUCACUUAAAAUCAAACUUUAUAAAGUGAAAUAAAUACUUAAGUAUAUCAUAUUUACACCUCUUUGACCUUGAUGAGUAUUUUGGUCUUAUCAUAACUAUUUGAAAAUGAAGUGUUUUGACAAGUUGGUGGGUUUUCCUUUUCCUCUCGUGUAUAAAGGAAGUUAUUACAUUAAGUUGAUAUUUAGUCCCAGAAACAUUAAAUUGGUCACAGAAAUCACAGUGUGCCAGCUCUUCACAGAAAGUGGCCUUUGUUUUCCAAAGCGCUAGAAUUAUUUCUGUAGCCAACAAAUACUUGUACAGUUUCUUUUUAGAGACACAGAGUGUCUCCAUCUUCUUAAAAAGACACAUUUUUAUCAGUCUUCUGCCAAUAGAAGAAUAAAGUAUCAAAAUCACCUAGAAUCCCUGUAGAAUGAAGAAAUUCUAAUUUUUUAGGAAAUAUAACCUUUGAUCAAACUAUAAUACAACCUUAGGAAUUAGCAGUAUCUAGGCCACAGCUAGACUCUGUUGUGAACAUGUAGUAUAUGGCUGAGCUGUCUUCGUUUUAAUCAAGAAAACUUAAAUGGCCUUUCAUCUUCCACCUGUCCCAUCCCCGAUGAGAUCAGCAGGCUCACAAAAUAGUUUCAUAUUCUGUCAUCUAAUGCUCAUCUAAUGCUAAGAACUAUAAAAUCGCGUUUGACGUUUUUGUUUCUCUUUUAUCUGUGCAUCUUUACCAUUGCUUUUUAGUGAACAGUGUGUCCUUUCCCAUUCACUGAUGAAUUCUCCCAUUCAGUGAUGACACAAAGCUUUUAGUUUUUGCAAGAUUCCCAAUACAAGCUUUGCUCAUUGGCAAAACAUUGGUAUAUCCAUAUUGGAUAUUAAAUGUCAUAUUUGAAAAUAAUUUAAUUUUAGAAGAUCUAAAACUUAUUAAAAGUAUUAAGACAUAGCAUACUUAACUAUAAAGGAGCCCCAGUGGCUCAGUUGCUAACUGAAAGGUUGAUGGUUCAAACCCACCAGCCUCUCCAUGGGAGAAAGAUGUGGUAGUCUUUUUCCGUAAAGAUUUACAGCGUUGGAAACCCUAUGGGGCAGCUCUGUCCAUCCUAUAGGGUCAAUAUGAGUUGGAAUUGACUUGACGCCAACAGGUCGGUUUUCUGGUUUCUACUUAACUCUAAACCAGAAGUUAUUCUUAAUGCUUUUUAAUACUUUUACAAUCAAUUAAUAGUCUAAGAAAUGAAUUGUAUGCGUCAAAGAGUCACUACAUAAUUUUUCAUCUCCUAUGUAUAUUUCUCAUUAUGUAUUUGGAAAUUAUAUCUAGAUAAAAAUUAAAGUUGUUUGAAAUUUGAAAUUGGCCCUUCUAAAAGAGUGCUGAAAAUCAUCACAACACUGUCACUGUAUAAAUUCCCAGAUUUACUACUAUUUUAGUAAGUGUCUAUAUUAGAUAUUUUGAGGAGAGUUGGCAGAUGUAGUUAAAUUUUAAUAUAUAUUUCAGAUUGUUUCUGUAUCAUUGAGCAUUUUUUAGAAGUUUACGGAUCUUUGUUCAACUCCCUGUUGCAUUCUUCAUUCACAUUAAUUUCAAUAUUUUAUUAGAUUUUUUUUUUACAAACUAGUUAUCAUUGGGAGCAGUUGUUAGUUACCUUUGAGUCUUUGUUCUAUGCCAUUUUCAUUAUGAUUGGUAUAUUUAAGUCUAUUGUUAUGGCUGUUGUGUCAAUCCAUCUCAUUGAGAGUUUCUCUCAUUUUCAUGACCCUUUGCUUUACCAAGCAUGGUGUCCUUUUCUAGAGAUCUUUCCUGAUGACAUGUCCAAAAUAAGCAAGAUAAAGUCUUCCCAUUCUCACGUCUAAGGGGCAUUCUCAUCAUAUUUCUUCUAAGACUGAUUUGUUCAUUCCUUUGACAGUCCAUGGUAUAUUCAUAUUCUUUGCUAAUGCUACAAUUCAAUUGCAUCAAUUCUUUUAUUUUUCUUUCUCAUUGUUCAAUUUUCACAUGCAUAUGAGGCAAUUGAAAAGACCAUGGCUUGGGUCAGGCACACCUUAGUCAUCAAAAUGACGUCUCUGCUUUUUAAAAUUGUAAAGAAGUCAACUUACUGGACCGGUAUAGACUAAAAGAAGCCCCGAGACUAUCUCCCUGAGUUACCUUUAAAUUCUGAACUGAAAGUACUCCUGGAGGUCACCUUUCAACUAAAAAACAGAUUGGCUCAUAAAAUAAAAAAUAUCACCCAUGAGUACUGUGCUUCUUUAAAAAAAAAAAAAAUCAUCUAUAUGAGACCAAAUGGUCAGCACUUAAUCUAAAGCAAAGAUGAGAAGGUGUGGGGGUGGCAGGGAAGCUGGAUUAAUGGAUGCAGAACAACCCGAACGGAGAUAAUGAGAAUGUUGACACAAUGUAGAAAAUGUAAGCAAUGUCACUGAACAUACAUAUAGAAAUUGUUAAAUGGAAACCUAAUUUGCUGUAAACGUUCACCAAAAACUCAAUAAAAUAUGAAAUAAAUAAAAUUGAAUUCUAGAAAAAAUAUUUUUACAGGUCUUUUGUAGCAGAUUUGCCCAAUGCAAUAUGUCAUUUGAUUUCUUGACUGCUACUUCCAUGGACAUUGAUUGUUGAUCCAAGUAGAGUGAAAUCCUUGACAACUUCGAUCUUUUCCCCGUUUAUCAUGAUGUUGCUUAUUGGUCCAGUUGUGAGGAUUUUUGUUUUCUCUAUGUUGAGGUGUAACCUAUACUGAAGGCUGUAGUCUGACUUUCAUUGGUAAGUACUUCAAUUCAUCUUCAUUUUUGGCGAGCAAGGUUGUGUCAUCUGCGUAUCGUAGGUUGUUAACGAGCCUUCCUCCAGUCCUUAUGCUGUAGCUACAUAUAGUCCAGCUUCUUGAGUUAUUUGUUAGGAGCAGUAGAAAUUAAUUCACAUAUUCAUUUUAUUAAAGCCAGUAGCUUAAUGAGUCAGAAUCAACUCGACAGCAACACCUAAGGUAAUGGUAAGUAGUUUUCUAUAAGCUUUAUACACAACACACACUUUAUUAUAUUUUCAUGUCUUAAGACUAUGCAAUAAAAUUCUUGUGUAGUAUAUCAACAAUAGGAUUGACUGUCACUAAAUGACAAGCUUCAAAUUUUGAAAGAUUUGGCCCUCUAUCCUCAUAGCAUCUAUUUCAAAUAAAUUUUAACUAAUUAUUUGAUAGCUGCAUUAUAUCAUUUAAAAUAAUUCAUGAGUUCUUGGUCUGUUGGAAAGCAAAGUUUGAGGAUAGUUUAGAGAGCAAAAUACUGCACCUAUAUGGGUUUCUUUGUGUAAACCAUUUAUAGAGACUUUGAUAUGAUGAUUAUCAAUUUGUCUCUUGUACACUGUCUACAUUAAAUCUUUUUCAUGUAUUUAGUUUUAAAAAACUCCCACAGGGAGCUGCCCAAAUCUAGCAUUUCACUCUGACUAUUGAAAUCUAGUGAAAAGUGUAUUGUACAAAUUCUAAUUGCAGAUAUCCAGGCUUAGAGGCCCAGCCAAACUUUGUAAAACAAUCCUUUGGCAGAAGUUAAAAAUGAUGUGUGGCAGGAGAAUCAUAUUUGUCAAGCAUGUGUAGGAAAUAUUCCUUCACUCAAGAUUUGAAGCCAGGGGGAAUAUGGCAGGUACUUUGAUACUUUAUAGUUCAGAACCUUGAAAUUAAGGUUUAGGUCAAAUUGUGUUUUAAAUUUAUUAUUAUUUUGCCUGCAGUUGCAUCUCUCAAUGUCAGUACAGUAGCCAAAAAAAGCAUACAAUAUUGAGACUAGGUGGAACUUCUGUAAUUGUUCUUUACAAGACAAAUAAUUUAACUGUAAAUACAAAGCCAUAGGUAACAAAGGAGUGAAAAUUUCAGUUAUUAAGCAGAAUUUUCAAAAGCAAAAUUGGAUCGAUACAAAAUUAGUAUAGCCUUACUAUAUGUCAGCUGUAACCAAUAAGAAAUGAAAUGGAGAAGAUAUCUUGUUUAUAAUAGCAAAAAAAAAAAAAAAAACUAUGAAGUAUCUAGGAAUACACACACACACACACACACACAAAACUAUAAAACUUAAAAAUCGAAGACAUUUUAUGGAUGGUUCCCAGCUGCCAUAACUGAACAUUUUGAUCAAAGAUUCUAUAAAAGGACCCUGAACAAAAGGGAGAAAAUGUAGAACAGGAUUUCAAAUUCUCAUGGACUCCAGACUUUCUGGAGCCACGGAGGCUAGAUGAAGCCCCAAAACUAUUGCCCUGAGAUAAUCUUUAAACCUUAAACCAAAAAUAUCCCUGAAGUCUUCUUAAAACCAAAGAGUAGUUUAGCUUAACUAGUAGACUAUCUACCUUGAGCGUUAUGCUCUUUUAAGAUCAUAUUGACAAUGUAUCUAACUGGAAACAUUAGAUAGGAACCUUAGGAGACAGAGAGUUUAUGUUAAUGGAGAGGAACAACUCAGAAAAGGAGGUUGAGCAUGGUUGCACAAGUCAAAGAAUGUAAUCAAUGUCACUGAAUUGUACAUGUAGAAACUUGAAUUAGGGUGUUUUUGCUGUGUAUAUUCUCAACAACAAGAACAAAAAAUAAAAUAAAUUACUUUAAAAAGAUAAAUUUUUUUUUUUUAUGUUCCUAGAUGGGGCAAUUGAAAAUUGUGGAGAUGUUAGUUCUCUGAAAAUUAAUUUACCAAAAUUCCAAGAGAUCAACAAAUAUGUCUACAUGUUGUUGUUAGGUGCCGUCCCAUCGGUUCCAACUUGUAGCAACCCUGUGUACAACAGAAUGAAACCCUGGUCCUGCACCAUCCUCACAGUCAUUGCUAUGCUUGAGCCUAUUGUUGCAGCCGCUGUGUCAAUCCAUCUCGUUAAGGGUCUUCCUCUUUUUCACUGACCCUCUACUUUACCAAACAUGAUGUCCUUCUCCAGGGACUGGUCCCUCCUGAUAAAAUGUCCAGAGUACAUGAGAUGAAGUCUUAGCCUUCUGAGCUUCUAAGGAGCGUUCUGGCUGUACUUCUUCCAAGACAGACUUGUUCGUUCUAUUGGCAGUCCAUGAUAUAUUCAAUAUUCUUCACCAACACCACAAUUCAAAGGCAUCAAUUCAUCUUUUUUCUUCCUUAUUCAUUGUCCAGCUUUCGCAUGCAUGUGAGGUGACUGAAAACAUAAUGACUUGGGUCAAGCGCACCUUAGUCUUCAAGGUGACAUCUUUGCUUUUCAAUACUUUAAACAGGUCUUUUGCAGCAGAUUUGCCCAAUGCAAUGCAUCUUUUGAUUUUUUGACUGCUGCUUCUGUGGGUGUUGAUUAUGGAUCUAAGUAAAAUGAAAUCCUUGACAACUUAUCAAUCUUUAUCAUGAUGUUGCUUAUUGGUCCAGUUGUGAGGAUUUUUGUUUUCUUUAUGUUGAGGUGUAAUCCACACUGAAGGCUGUAGUAUAUUAUGCAGGGGUUGAAAUGAAUGAUGCAAAACAUAUUGUCAAGUAAAAGAAGCAAGUCACAGAAUAUAUCUGCUAUGAAUCCACUUAUGCAAAAAAAGAGUUUAUCCCAUAUAUCCACUUAUGCAUAUGUAUGUACAAGUGCAUAGAAGUUAUGCACGCUAAAUGUUAAUAGGGAAUGAAAAUGAGAUAUGAGGAAAGGAGUAGUAAAGGAGGAAUUUUAUUCUGUUUACUCAUGUUUCUGUAUGUUUGAAUAUGUCUUACAGUGAGCAUAUCAACAUAAUUUGUAAAGGGCAGUAUUUAAGCUACUAGUGGUUUUUAAUUUUAAAAAAACUAUGAAACUUUUCAAAUAUUAGAAAGUAAUAUAAGACACUCAUGAACCUACCUCACACAUUGGACAGAUAUUAUAUUUUUCCAUGCUUGCUUAAAGAUCUCCUUUCUAUUAAGUCAUAAAAUAUUACAAAGCUAAAGUUCCACCGCAUUUCUCUUUCUCCUUUCUCCUCUACAGGAAUAAUCACUGUUUAAUUGUUGGUGGAUAUCAUUCCCAUCUCGUUUUUGUUUUCUUCCCAAAUGUGUGUCUAUUCAAAAACAAUAUGAAGGCAAAACUAUAGAGACGGUAAAACGAUCAAUGGUUUCCAGGGGAUCAGGGGAGGGGAUAGGAAUGAAUAAAUAGAACAUGGAGCAUUUUUAUGACAGUGAAACUAUUCUGUCUGACACUGUAGUGGUGAGCACAUGAGAUUAUGCAUUUGUCAAACCCAUAGACUGUACAACAAGAAGCAUGGACCAUAAUGUAAACUAUGGACUUCAUUUAAUAAUAAUGUAUCAGUAUUUGUUCCUCAGUUGUAACAAAUGUACCACAAAAAUGCAAGAUGCCAGUAACGGGAGAAACAGUGUGCAGGGGGAGAGAGGGCAUAUGGGAACUCUGUAGUUGGCACAAUUUUUCUGUAAACUUGAAAGCUGCUCUAAAAAAAUAUUCCGUUUUAAAAAAUUAUAUUGUAUUGCUUUGUGGUUUUAAAAUCUUCCAUGUGUUCUUCUACAACUUGUUUUUCAUCAUACUUUGGAAAUUUAUCUAUGUUGUUGCAUGAAUAUCUAUGCCUUUCAUUUUUAUUGUUUUAUUCCAUCAAAACAAUAAGCUAGUUUGUCCUUUCAUGCCUCUGUUGAUGAACAACAGGAUUAUUUCCAAUUUUUUUAAUAUCGCAAAUCAAUUUGAUAAAAAAAAAUCAAUAAAUGAAUUCUUGCACCCGUGUAAAAGUUUAAUCUGGCUAUAUACCAAGAAAUAGAACAGCUAGGUCAUAGGGUAUGUACAUGUUCAACUUUCCCAAGAAAUUUUAACUAGCUUUUUAAAGUGAUUGUACCAGCUUACACUCCAACCAGCAGUGUGUGAGAAGUUCCAUUUCUACAUAUCCUCACAGUUAUUGUUAUAUAAGACUUCUCUCAUUUUUGUUAAACUGAUGAGUAUGAAAUUGUAUCACUUUUUUCUAAUUGCACUUCCUGACAACCAGUGAGGCAGAUCAUCUUGUCAUAUAUUUAUUGGCCAUUACAGUUUCCUCCACUAUGAAUGUGUGUUCAUAUUUUUGGCCUGCUUUUCUCUAUUGGUUUGUCUUUUUCUUAUGCUCUUUUAUGUAUACAUAUAUUCUGAAUACUGAUGCUUUAUCUGUGCUGCAAAUAUCUUCUUCCAAUAUAUGACUCGUCCUUUAACUCUGUUUAUGAUAAGCUCGUAGUAUUGGGAGUUUAUUCUACUGUAUUCAUACUUUUUUAAAUCUUCCUUUAUCAAGUGUGCUUUUGUGCCUUGUUAAGAAAUUCUUUUAUACUUCAAAGUCAUAAAGACAUUCUAAUACAUUUUCCUCCGUUUUUGUAAAUAAUGUUUGAGUGGAACACAGCCACAUUCAUUCAGCUGCAUAUUGUCUAUGAUUGCUUUCUUGAUAUAGCCCUAGAGUUGAGUAGUUGUGAAAGAAACCA